AACAUGAAAAAACAAAAAAAAAGAAAAAAGAAGAGGUUACUUGGUAACGAAAUAUUCCGAAGAGAAAAGUUAGAACCCAAUCGUGAAGACCAAGUAAGCAUUGGAUUGCAUUCGAUGCUUUCUUAAUUAUUUAAUAUUCUGCUGAGUUUUCGUUCUCCUCCGUCAUUUUGCUUUUUUGUUUUCUUUUUUCCCAGCCGUACAUAAUACAGUUUUCUCCAUUUCUCUCCGUUUAAAGCUGUCAUGUUCACUUAACUUGGGCAAGCUCAAAUUCUUCCGUCUCCUUCCGCUUCAACAAAUACUACUCACUCUAAUGGUUUAUGGAAUUGUUCAUGUAAAUUUAUUUAUUUAUUAUCACUCUUGUUUUCAUUGUAAGCUGUAACCAGUUUCCGUUAUUGUGUGCCUUAAUAGUUUUAGUGGUACCUUCACCUUUCUCGCUCUCCGUAGUAGAGUUUGAUUGGAUGGCUUGAGAGAUGAUAUCUUGAAAUUUGAUCAAUUCUCUAUUACAUUUGAGCUUCAAAUUGAUCUCUUAAACCCUGCACUUGAAUUUUGAUAGCAAAUGUCAUUGCAAACGCCAGACUAAUAGAGCGAGAUCUUCGAAUUUUGGUUAUUUUUGUCCUAGAUAGGCCAUAUAAUAGUUUCUAGAUGAGUAAAUAGAAUUGGAUUCUGCAGAAACAGAUUUUAGUGAUCUUUUGUCGUUAAGUCUUUUCGACGUGUGCACGCAUUGAGGUGAAUGGAUAUUAGCACAGAUGUUUAGACCAAAGGAGACUUACCGGGACAUAAUCAUCUCGAGAGGCAGUGGAGAAGGUGAGGAAACUUUGGACUUGAAGAGUUCUCAAUUUACAGAAGGAAGGGAAAAAACAAUCCAUCCACCCAUUGAAUCUCAUUGGCGUCUCCGUUUUCCGGAAGAAAAUAAACCAGCUUCAUUGCGAAAACCAGGCAUCAAGUCAAUGUUAAAUUACCCUCUCAGGAUUCGGGACUCCUUGAAGAAACUGGGAAAGAGCAAAAGCUUGCGAGUAGUCCUUGAAGGAGUUCAUGAUCCAAAAGAUGAAAAGCUUAUUGAUUCUUUCCGCGAACUGCUUUUUGUUGAAGGUCACUUAACGGGGAAGCACAAUGAUUAUCAUACUCUUUUACGGUUUCUCCGAAUGAGAGACUUUGAUUUUUCGAAAGCAAAGGACACAUAUGUGAAUUAUCUCAAGUGGCGUGAGGAAUAUGGGGUUGAUGCAAUUCCAAAGGAAUUUAAGUUCGAAGAAUAUGCAGAAGUAAAGAAAUGUUAUCCUCAUGGAUAUCAUGGGGUUGAUAGGUAUGGAAGACCGAUAUAUAUUGAACGGAUUGGAAUGGCAGACAUUAAUUCCCUGGUACAGGCAACUACCAUUGAAAGAUUUGUCAAGUAUCACGUGUCCGAACAGGAGAAGACAUUAAAUUUGAGAUUCCCUGCAUGUUCAAUUGCAGCAAAAAGGCAUAUAGCAUCCACCACUAGUAUCUUGGAUGUAAAGGGAGUGGGCAUGUCCAAUUUCUCAAAGCCUGCGAGGUGUCUCUUCAUGGAAAUUUUGAAAAUCGAUAGCAACUACUACCCAGAGACUCUGAAUCGGCUCUUUAUAGUCAAUGCUGGAAAUGGGUUCAGGAUGCUGUGGAAAGCACUCAGGGCUUUUCUUGAUGCGCGCACAUUAGCGAAGAUUCAUGUUUUGGGAUGUAACUAUCUAAGCAGCCUGCUUGAAGUUAUUGAUCAAAGUAAUUUGCCAAGUUUUCUUGGAGGGAACUGCACAUGUUCUGAUUAUGGUGGUUGCCUGUUUAGUGAUAAAGGACCCUGGCAGAACCCAGAAAUUGCAGAAAUGCUUCAGUUGACUUCUAUAACAGAGGAGAUUUACAAUACUGAAUCAAACAGAGGUGUCGCUUCAGAGGAGGCUAUGGGUACUGGCCAAAAUGAAGAUUCCGGUGAUGCAAGCCUCACCCGAGAAGAACACAGAGAACACGAGGAUACCAAAGAUGCUGGAAAAACCGAGGCGCAGAAAAUCCAGGCUCUAGAACGUGCACUUGUGGACACCAACAAAGAAAUCCAAGCACUGAAAACUGCUCUUGACAGCACGAAGGCGGUGCUGGAACGACUUGAACAACAAAUAAAAGCAUUGGGAGUCUAAACUUGUAAGCCAGCUACUUAAUUGCUUGUCGAGGAACCAUUUUCCUUAAAU